AUGUUUGCGGUUGAGCAUGCCAUCCGGAAUUGGUCGAUGAACUACCUGGAAGAUGGCUGGUUGCUACCUGAGGGGUUCCGAAAUGACAAUAGCGAGCAGCGGCGUUUGGGUCUCUACAAUUCCUCGGCAGUGGCCUGCCAGGAUGGCGCUAUUACUCUGGAGAUAUGCCGAAAUAGGAAGGCCGGCGAGAAAGGCAAAGGAGGACGUCUUGAGCGACACGACCAUGAGCCAGACGAAGAACCGCUGCACGCUGAAGACGUUGACGAUCAAGAUCACCUUCGAAAGAAGCUGAAAGACCGCUGGAUAAUGAAAAUCGUCAUAAGACUGGCAUGGGCCCAGUGGACCAAGACCGUCAUGUCUGUA